AUGAGUGCGCUUCUCGCCGGAUUGGCGACGUCCCCUCAGUGCGCAGUCAAGUUCUUCGUCUUCUCAUCGAAGAAAGGGAAGACGACGCCACAUAUCAGAGGCGUGUGGAUUGACAAACCCAUGUUCCGCCUGUGCUGGCAGAGCAACGACUCGUCAACUGACUUCCAAUCAU